AUGCUACUGAUGUUGUUACCACUGGUGAUCUUGAGCCGGAUCCUGGCCUUUCCAUGUUUGACUUCAACAUUGACACGGACCUUGGCGACUACUACGCUUACCGUACGUGCUUGCCAUUAGCUGGACGAACAGAGCAAAGAUGAGGGACCAUUCGAUAGAAUAGGCAUCCUAAAGAGUAGUAAAACUAUUUUAACUCUGAAUGAAGCCUCUGAAGAUGAGACUCUCGACCAACCAGAUGAUUUCGACACUGCUAUGGAUCUGAAUGACACUGGCAUUGGUAAUGCCACACUCGUCUCCAACCUUGACUGGGAUCAAACUUUAUUGGACCCACACAGUGGCGAUCUUGGCCGUAGUGUCUCUGCCGACAGCACUAGCCACGGCUUGCUCCUUCAGUUGCCAGAAGCGAGCAUGGGGAGUGAUUCUGAUGCUCUUCUUCCUGAACAAGAUGAGACUGACGAGUACCCAAUGGAUUUGGAGAAUGGGGAGCAACAGUGUGUGAUGUCUGAUAAGUUGGCUGUUGUACCGGCUACCAAACCUUUGAUUGAUAGAGGUGCCAACGGCGGCAUUGCUGGAGACGAUGCCCGCAUCAUCAUUGCCAUCAUACGCCAACAAGCCUACAUUGGAAAGGGCCAAUCCAUUCUGUCCAACGGACAAAUGGAACAUUUCAAGAUCGUCGUGGACGACAAGUCUACCAAAGUUGGUGGUCAACAGCGCUUGACAACACCAGAUGGCUUCGUCUUACCACUUGACAUCAGCAAUGGCCUCCCAUAUCUGUGA